UAAGUACCCAACUACUACUACUCUCUCUGAGUAAUGAUUAGAGAGGAUAAUUAGGCUAAUCAUAAAAUAAUGGCCUCACUAAAGAAGCAAAUUAAUGCAGAGACUAAUGCUUCAACAAACAUGUCAAGCCCCAUUGAUUAUUAUAGAAGAAUAUUUCCUUUAUUCUCUCCCUACCAAACCACUUUACAAGUGAUUACUGAUACUUAGCUUUCUGUUACUGUUCAUUCAUGUGAUUCUUGGAUUGGAUUACUUACACUGAUCUUAAAAAUUUUAAUCACCCAUUUGAGCAAACAGUGUUUUCUCAGUAAAGUUUGGAGCUUUUCUUUAAGUAGAGCUACAAUGAUUAGGAUCAGAGCAGCUAAUCCAUUUUUGUGUUGUGGCCUCUAUGGUUUUUCCAUAUAACUUCAAGGACACUGUUUCUUGGAUUUAUGUGCAAAUUAUUUAUGUUUUUGUAUUAUUCUUUCUCAUGCUUUUGCUUAAAUGAGCUGGCUGAGUGAUUGAGAUCAAGGAUCUUGAGGUUCAUUUUCUUGGGUUUUUGAGAAGGAGAUGAAAAUGCAGCAGCUCAUUGUGGAUUUGAUGCCGGUUUUCGCAAUUCUGUUUAGUUUGCCAGUUCUUGGAUUUGCAGGUUUUAGCAUACCUUCACUGGAAGCAGCUUCUUUGCUUAAUCACUUGAGUAUACCAACACCUCCCAUCAACUCAUAUAGAACCAGUGGAUUAAAUCAGUUCUCUCGACGAAAUGCCCCCAUCCGGCGCAACUUCAGACCUUCCAGUAGUCCAUUAGUUACAUCCCUAGCACCUGCAAUACCGCCUUCCCAUAAACAUGCUGGGAAAUUAGCACACUAUUCUUCACCUCCACCAUUAUUUUCAUAUUUUAAGCAUCAUCACGCAAGAAAGAAAUUUAAAGAUCUUGUCACUAGACCAUUUGAUAGAAUUGAUCCUCCUACAAGCAGCCAACAAGGUAUAGGCCCUUCGAUCUCCCCACUCAGUUCUGCUUCCACUCCAAUAAGUUGGUCUGGGUUCAGCCCUGCACCAGUGUCAACUCCGUUGAUUGAACCAGUGCCCAUGCCCUCACCUGAAAUAUCCCCAUCAAGCUCAUCCAUUGAGAAAAAGAAGACUUCACCGCCCUCUUCAGUAAUGGCACUACCUCCCCCACCUCCUAAUGAAGAAUGUACAUCCGUAACAUGCACAAAGCCAUUCACCUAUACUCCUGGUGGAUCUCCAUGUGGCUGUGUGUUGCCUGUUGAAGUAAGACUGGACCUCAGUGUAGAACUAUAUACAUUCAUCCCUUUGGUGACAGAACUAGCUAAAGAGAUUGCUUUCGGACUUUCGCUAAAUCAAAGUCAAGUUAGGAUUAUAGGUGCAAAUGAAGCAAUACAGCAACAAGGAAAAACCAUGGUCCUCAUCAACCUGGUACCAGUAAAAGAAAAUUUUGCUCCCAGUACUGCUUUAGUUAUCUAUAAAAGGUUCUGGACGAGACAGGUUGCCUUAAAUGCUUCCCAAUUCGGAAGCUACAAAGUAAUCGAUGUUCAUUAUCCAGGUCUUCCGUCCUCUCCACCAUCAGGACAUUCAGCAGCUGCUAAUAUAUACAGCGGUUUAUAUCCAGGUGAGGGGAAUGGUAGAAUGCCAUUGAAACCUUUAGGGAUUGGUGUUCCGAGGAGAAAGAAGGCUGGGAAUGGGGGAAGCAAAAUAGCUGUUAUUGUUUUAUCAUCAGUCACUGCUUUUGCUGUUUGUCUAGGAGUACUUUGGAUAUUGUUGUUGAAAUGUGGAUGGUGCAUAUGUAAUCCCCAAUCUAAUCCUCAUGUUCCUAUACCCUCACAGCGAAAAUUAUCAGGGACUGCCAGGUCUAUAAUGUUUGGAAGCAGACCCGGAUCAGCAUCAAUGUCACGUAGUUCUAAUGCAUUGGCAUAUAAGGGAAUUGCUAAGAUUUUCAGUUCGAGUGACCUGAUGAGAGCCACAGAUAAUUUUGAUGCUUCAAGAAUUCUCGGGGAGGGUGGUUUUGGACUUGUCUACAGUGGCAUUCUUGAUGAUCAGAGGAGGGUGGCUGUAAAGGUUCUAAAAAGAGAUGAUCAGCAAGGAGGCCGUGAAUUUUUGGCAGAAGUUGACAUGCUUAGUCGUCUACACCACAGGAACUUGGUCAAACUGAUUGGUAUCUGCACAGAGAUUCAUUGUCGCAGCCUGGUUUACGAACUUAUUCCCAAUGGUAGCGUGGAAUCACACUUACAUGGAAUUGACAAGGAAAUUGCUCCUCUUGAUUGGUGUGCCAGAAUAAAGAUUGCUCUGGGAUCAGCUCGAGGUUUAGCUUAUCUGCAUGAAGACUCAAGCCCUCGCGUGAUACACAGAGACUUUAAGUCGAGCAACAUCUUACUAGAACAUGACUUCACACCUAAAGUUUCAGACUUUGGCCUUGCUAAGUCAGCACUAGACGAGGGAAACAAGCACAUUUCUACACAUGUUAUGGGAACUUUCGGUUACUUGGCCCCAGAGUACGCAAUGACUGGCCAUCUGUUGGUAAAAAGUGAUGUUUACAGCUAUGGUGUAGUUCUCCUUGAACUCUUAACAGGAAGAAAGCCUGUGGAUUUGUCGCAACCACCAGGACAAGAAAAUCUGGUUUCUUGGGUACGUCCCCUGCUUACGGACAGAGAGGCUUUGGAAACCAUCAUUGACCCUUAUUUAAAGCCAAAUAUGCAAUCUGACAGUGUAUCGAAAGUAGCAGCCAUCGCAUCAAUGUGUGUGCAACCAGAAGUAUCUCAUCGUCCUUUUAUGGGUGAAGUUGUUCAAGCCUUAAAGCUGGUGUGCAAUGAGUUUGAUGAAAUAAACGAGGAUCCAGUAUUACCAAAUUGCAGUUAUGAGGACUUCUCUGCAGGCAAGUAUAGUAGAGCUUCAAGUGAUCUUGUGGAAUCCCAGGGGAUCCACUACCCUGGGUAUAAUUCCAUUUUAGACAGUCAUAAGAUCCCAUUGUCAAAUUCAAAGCCUAAGUAUCCUUCUUCAGCUGGAUUCGAGGACCAAGAAUCAGGGUCGAAGAAGAGGAUCUCUAACUCAACUUCACUGAGAGUGUUAAUGAGAGGAUUCUCCAAAGGCUGCUCUAGUGAGCAUGAAACUUCAGCCAAAUAACUGUCUAUAUCCACUCCAGGUAUAUCAAUACACACCCAAAAAUAUAUUCUGAUCGCAGAUUCAGAGCCACGGUUGCAUAAACAAGAGGAUUCUUUUCAUACAUGUACUAUCAUCAUUGAAAAACUUGCACGAUAUCAGUUUUUGAAGGUUUUCGAUGAAGACAUAAAUAAGGAAAAGGAGAGCUCUGGUAGUGAGGUAGAUUUGAUAGUAGCAGGAUUGUACAUGAUGUUUGUUCUCAUACACAUAUAUUAAGUUUUAGGUAUCUGUAAUGUGAUCAUUAAUGUUGAAGCUCCUUGGCAAUUUGCAAUGUUUACUUAUAAGAAAAGGAAAACUUUUAUUUUA